GUCACAUGUAUAUCGGACGUAUUGUUUUUGAGUAUAUUAAAAUAUUGCAUGAAUUGUAACACACGUACGUGGUAUGGCGAUGGCCUCCAAACAAAGUAUAUUGAAUAUUAUGGUAUUGUAAUUUGUAAGCAUGUACCUCCUUUAYGUCGUAUAAUAUUAUAUCGCUUUCGAUUUGUGUUGUUAAGCGGUUAAAGCCAAGUAAUAAAGUGGACAAUAUGAAGAUUAGCCGGAAAUGCCGUCACGGCGGUGACGAUGACGAUGACAUCCGUUUCAUGGCAAAAGUGAACAAGGGUGCGCAGAACAUCAUGGUCGCGGUACCAGAUCAGCUAGCGGUUGUUUUCAURUGGUCCCUGUUGACGGCAGUGUUCAUCGUCAUCUUGAUAACGGUCACGUGCGUUGUUCUAAGGGUCGAAUCACCAUCCUUCCCGCCAUCGGCUCUGCAGACAUCACGCGGGGCACGCUGUUCGACCGUGUCCAAACAUUCGCUGGUGACCAGGCUGGACAUCGACCCCGGUGACAUUCACUACGUUUUCUUGGACGACGACGACCACAUCCCACAGCUGUCAGCUUGUUCKCUGGAGUCGGCCGUGAAUGCUGGUCCGGGCCACGGUAACGGUAACGGACGCGUAAACGUGUUUGUCGUCGGUGGCAUCAAACGGGUCGUGAACCACAAUCGAACACUUUCGGAUGAGGUGUCGCUGUCAUCUACCCUGGCUGAUCUGAAGGCCACAUACGGUGAAGCCCGGUUGAACGUGACACACGUCACCCUGGAGGAGUGUCUGGAGUGUUCGCCGUUUAAAGGCAUGAAUCUAAGCGGUCGCCCGACGCUCGCCAAAUUCGUGGUGCAGCUGUUGGUGUUGUGGCAGUUCGGCGGCACCUUGCUGGACGAAGGCGUGGUGGUGGUUCGCGGAGACGUGUACCGAGCGACAGGCGACACAGUCGAGUACGGCGGCCGGACCAUCAGCUCGCCGGUCGCGUGCCACGAGUUUGUUUACAAAGUUAUGCUGAGCGCCAAGAGGUACGCGCUAAGCGGCCAGCCGUUCACGCCGGACAUUGGCCGGACGAUAGUGAACGACUCGGCCACCGGCGUAGAUGCCCGACCCGUGGCCGACUGGGUAAUGUGCCGCGGUGGUGCCGCGGCCGUUGACGAUCGCUGUUAUUACGCGGAGGCGAUUGCUGCAGAAGUGCACGGUCAUCGAUGUCCCGUAGUGGUCGGCGGCAAACCGUCGUCGCCGAGGUUCCUGCAGGAAACCAUCCAAGCCUCGUCUCCAAAGUUCCGGAAAACCAUCAUCCAGACCACUGCAGUGACAGACUCAACCGAGGACGUCCAACACGAUCAUAAACGCAACACAGCAGACGACGAGCGAAUUUCCGCUGGUAUCGUAAUUUAAGUGUAGGAUGUAUUAUAUAUUAUAUUAUGGCGAAAACCAGGGCUGAACGCUCGCUCAUAUAUACGAUGGUCCCAUUUGUUUUAAAUUUUCAUUACAAGUUCCAAAGCAUAAUAUAUGAUACAAAAUACAAAAUCGAAAAUAACGCUGUUGAGAGUGUCGAAUGAGACUUGUAUAAAAUAUAUCGUUAAAUACGUUAUGGAAUUCAGUAACUUGAUUAUGAUAUAGGUACCCAAUAAUAUAUAUCUAUAUAAUAUAGUAAUAUACCUAUAUAUUACUCUAUAAUAGGCGUAAACGUCAUAUACAUUAUUUGGGAAGACUAAAACUCCUUAAUUAUAAAUCAACAAAAUAUAUGUAUGAUGAAAGAAUAUUAAAAUAUAUUUUUUUAUUAAAAAAGAAAAUACAUAAUACAUAAUAUAAUAUUGUAGAAUUUGAUGUGUGGUAGGUUUUAGAUAAUAUUACAAAUGCAUUUUCCACGCCACGUUUAUUAUGUCGUCUGUUUUUAACAAAAGAUAGAACUGUAAAAGAUCUCUGGAAUAUUUUUGUCAUUGAUCGUAAAACAAUUUUUCUGUAAUCCAUUAAGUACAGUUCUGAUAGAGAAAAUAGCACCUUAACUAUAUAUACAUAUUACAUAUACUACUAUACCUAUUAUAUAUAUCUACUUGCCAGUAGAGCAGUACAGUUUUCCAGGAAGGCCAUGGAAGGGUAGGCUAUAGCUAUUUAUUUUAGCCUAUAUAUUAUCAUAAUAUUAUUAUUUCUAGAAAACCCUAUAGCCUUUUCCCCCCAAUAAAAAAAUCUUAAAUAUCCCACGAAGAAUAUUUUACCUAUUACACAUGAGUAUAUCCCUGCACAGAGAAAUUCAUCUUUGUUGCAAAAUUGUUUAAUUUUAUAUUUCUUUGCACAUAUAUAUUAUAACACAUCUGUCAUCUAGCAUGUAUAUAGAUGCGAUAUAUCAUAGAUUUAUAAUAUAUUAUUUUAUAUUUUUAUG